AUGGAUCAAGUGAAUAGUUCUAACUCACUAACAAUUGCAAUAGUUGGUUUCGGCAACUUCGGACAGUUUUUGGCGAAAGCGUUUGUUCAGGCCGGUCACCGGGUGAUCGGACAUUCGCGCACCAACUACGAAGCGAUUGCGAGGCAGCUCGGUUGCGGUUUCGAAACCAGUGCGGAUGCGCUGAUGGACCUCCAUAAUCCUGACAUUGUCGUGUUAUCGACUUCGAUACUCUCAACCGAAGAGGUCCUGCGCCGAUUCCCGACAGCGAAGCUUCGGAGCUGCCUCGUUGUCGACGUGCUGAGCGUCAAGGUGUAUGCACGGGAGCUCAUGCUACGCUACGCACCUGAAGAGGCUGAUAUUUUGGCGACGCAUCCCAUGUUUGGUCCAGAGUCAGGACGUGGUUCAUGGCGGGGCUUACCAUUUGUCUUUGAGCGCACGCGAGUUCGUCAGCACGAGCGUUGCGAGGCCUUUCUAUCUAUCUUUCGGGAGCGUGGUUGCACGCUCAUCGAGAUGCCAUGUCAAGAACAUGAUCACUAUGCGGCGAGUACACAAUUCAUCACCCAUACGACAGGUCGCAUGUUGGCCGAGCUCAAAAUUGCCUCCACACCAAUCAACACCCGCGGCUUUGAAGCACUGUUGGCGGUUGUAGAGACGACGGUGCGGGAUUCUUUCGAUCUCUAUUACGGUUUGUACCGCUUUAAUCCGAAUGCAAAGCAAGAGUUGGAGAAGAUGCAGCGAGCACUCGAGCAAGUACGAGCCCAACUCGAAGCGUACGACCGCAAGUGUCGCGAGGCUGAAGCACGCUCAGCCUGA